AUGGCGCCGGGAGGCAGCACGUCGAAUCUCUUUACGCUGUGGGCCAGAGGCAACGUGGCUCUGUCGGUCGCCAUGUCCGCGGCGUCGACAACCUGCGCCCUGUUCAUGCUGCCCCUCCUCUACCUCCUGUACGUCCGUGUCGGCCUCGGCCUCGGCGACGCACUUGACCUGCCCGUCGUCAACAUCGUGAUUGCCCUGCUGACCAUUGUCGUGCCGGAGCCCAUGGAGGAGCCGGGCGAUCGCGACGCGGUUGCGAUGCCUGCAGCGGAGUGGCAGCCGCUUGACGACGCCGGCACCCCCGCUGCGAGCGGCUGCGUCGGUCGCUGGCUCACCGAGGCGUCUGACCUGGCCGCCACCGACGCCGAGGCGCGGGUGGCCAUGUGGUCGUCGGACCGGCUGCCUCUGCGCUUCCCGCAGGAGUGGCCGGCCGCGUUCAAAUCCGCGCCGCUGAGGCGGCUGCUCAAUAAGUCGAUGCUGAACGGCGUGCGCUGCCGCGCGGUGCCUCCGCCGACGGCGGCAGAGCACGCCGCCGCCGCCGGUGUCGUGCUCGAGCCGCUGCACUCGUUUUCCAACGCCGAGCGGGUGGCCGCCGCGAGCGGCUGGGCGGUGGUCAAGGGAUUUUGGGUGUUCGAGCUGGCCGACGCCCCGCCGAGUGCGUCCUUUGUCGCCGUCCGCCACUGGUGGAACGCCACCUCCUCGGGAGGGUGGGUCGACCUCACCCCGAGGCUGAGCGAGGCCGCCGGUGAGGAGCCGCGCUCGCGCCUCCUCGUCGAGUCGGCUCUCGGCGACAAGGCUGCCGACAAGCUGACGGCCGCGGGCCGCGACUUUGCGGGCGUCAAGUGUCGUCAAGAGUGUCGAAAAAACGGACAGAGAAACGAUGAGAGCGACAAACGGAUGCAAAAGGUGAGAGGCCAAGAUCAUGCACAGCUCUAA